AUGCGACAUAGCAAGAGCCGGGAACCCAUUAUAUUGGUUAUUGAUUUUCAUCAUGCGAGAGGCCCCGAAGUCCAGUACUGUUUCUGCCAAGAAGGCACCGACAUCUUCGUGAAGAAUGACUGGUCUCUAUUACCAUUUAUGGCGCUGUCAGAUGGGGCGCAUGCAUCCACCGAAGACUUCUCAUAUUUUACCCUGCAACAAAGUGCAACAGACUCGGAGCAUGCUACCUCUCUCUUUGGCAUAUCAUGCACACGCCAGAUAGAUUCAGCAUUACUGAUCAAUCGACCUCCGGAAGUGACGAGAUCAACGGUCCAGAAGGCGAUUGUGGCGGUUAUUGAUGAGCCCAGGCAGUUUGGGCAGUUGAGGCAGAAGUUGUCCAUGGUGACGUCGGCUUGGUUUGCGCAGAGGGAUUUUUCAGAUACGGAUAUUUUAAAGAAAUUCCAGGAAAGCCUGACGGAGAGUUUAAAUAAUGAGGAAGGCCAGAAGGAGGAGUAUCUUGGACUUUCAUUACGAGAAAUGAUUCACGAAUUUAAACACCAGACUCUGGUUCUAUUUAAAUGCCUUUUAUUACAGCCAAAAAUGCUUUUCUUUGGCACUCGCUGCGAGCGACUCUGCAUGAUCCAAUUCUCCCUUAUUUCCUUGAUACCUGGUCUUAUCCACCACCUUGAAGAUUGCGCAGACCCAUCCUUUGAUACCUAUGCACAGUCUGUUGUGAAACCUACGUCUCUCAAAACGAGCGAGAGAAGCUCAUUACUUGCAUAUAUGGGAUUACCUCUACAGAUCUUCGGCAAGGGAAGCAUGUUUGGUCCCUAUACGCCGCUUCAGCUCCUAGAUCUACUUGCCGAUUACGGCACGAAAUCGUAUGUCGUGGGGUCCACAAAUUCCCUGCUUUUACAACAGAAGGACAGGUACAGUGAUAUACUCAUUAACCUCGACGAAGAUUCUAUCAAUAUCUCCUCACCAUCUUUACGAUCCGCCCUUUCACUCUCUGUAGCUGAUAGGAGAUGGAUCGAUUUCCUCACACAAACAAUCUACGAAACAUGGGAUGACGCCCACCCAGAACGGCCUAAAAGUCAUGGGUACUUAGGCUCUGAAGAAUUUAUUCGUCUUCAAUUCGAAGAAUAUCUAUUAGCCCUUCUUUCAUGUGAAAAGUACCACAAUGAAGUUCAUAAUGGUUCCUGGACUCCAUCGCCAGGCUUAGAUAUUGAAGGUGACCCUGCAUCAGAAUUUGGCACAGAGUUCCUCGAACGAUGGCGGACCACGUCGAACUAUGCUCUAUUCAAUCGCCUCACAUCUGACUCCCAUCUCUUUUCUAUCGUGGAACCCCGUCAUCCCUGCGCUGGAGCCCUUGGUCUUGACGACAUCCAAAGACGAUUAGCCCAGCAAGUAGCUGAACUACACCUGGAUGAAAGAGUGCGUGAGGGUCGAGAGGCUCUCAACAAGCACCUUGCCACGAGUCAAAGAAAGGUCAGCUCAGUAUUCAACAGUUUAUGGGCUGACAUCGAGAUCAUACGAGAAAAUCAGCGUAAGAGGAGUGACGAAAAAUCCCAACAACGCACAUCAUCUGAACUACCAUCUACGGAUAAAGAGUCGAUAGUCUCUCCACGAAUAUCGAUUUCAUUAAAUAACAACCCCGGUUCAGGAUCAUGGACAUUUGGCGCUCGAAAGCCACCCGCAGUGGAUCUUGGUCAGGCACAAGCAACCGUUGCUGCGGCCGGACAACGUGCAUCCGCCUAUUUGUCCUCCUGGGGCUCGUGGGCAAACGAUCGACGCAAGGAGUGGCAAGAGAGAAAAGCUAGCGGUAAUUUCAAUACCACCGCUUCGUCUCCUACUACGUUAGCUUCUCGCCAAAUCUUACCCGUCACGGCUGCCACGACUUCCAAGAACCAGGGAGAGUCGGGAAGUCGAGGCCGUGAGAAAGGUCCCAGUAACGGACACGGUUCUAGAAAGUCUAUGUCUAGUCUUAGCAGGAGCCUAAGUCGCAAGAAGAGAUGGAGCAGUCUGCUACAGAGGAGUAGCGAUAUUCGCACCUCUGAUGCGGAGAUUAAUGAUAAUAAUCCUACUAAUAAUGACGAUAAUAGCAUUGGUGGUAAUAACGCAGGAAGCCCUCGAGGAAGCCGUGAAUUAUGGAGGAGCGACAGUAAUAAUAACGAUAAUGAUAACAAUAAUAACAGCAAUAGCUCUAAUGCUAAGGCCACCGUGUCGAAGCGCGAUCCUUCGUUAUCUGAAACACCACUCGAAACGGUGUCUACAGACACAGGUACAGCUCAAGAGACACCCCCCGGCGGACUGUCACCAAUACUCACAACGGCCGACAAAUUACAGUAA